AUGGAAUCUUUUAUUCGUUUCACGGCCCUGUUUGCCACGGUUUUCGGGUUGUUUUUAACUGUUCAGACGAGGUCGUUGACUUUCGGCAGUCAGGUUCAAAAGUUCCUUUUUUUAUGUUAGUAUUCAUUUUUUACAGGUCAUCGAACUACUUGAACCGCGAGAACGAAAAAAUGCCGCAAAAAACGAAGUAAGUUUUUCAAUGAUCCCCAUCAAGUUUUAAUUCAGUAAUUGCACACUUGAAGCGUUUUCAAAAUCUCGCUCCUCGUAUUUCUUACCAGAGUUUGAAAAGUGGAAUGUGGAUAUCCAAACAAAUUACUUGAUUUUUCGAAUGUACCAAUUCCCACUAGUUUAUGAUGUAAACUCACAGCGUGUAUUGUGAAUUAGAAUGGUUUCUUUGAAUCGAUCCCGCAUCUUAGCUCAGAAACUGCCGCCAUCUGUCAUAAUGGCAAAUUUAAAAUUUCUCAAAGUUGAAAAAUCUAUCUCAUUUAGGCUUUUUGCUGGUUUUUAAGAUAAAACUUAUCCCUAUGAAUACGGUAAUGACUUUUAUAUUUAAAUUUUUGACCAAAGUGAAGAGUUUGAAGAUCAAAUUUUAUUAUAUGACUCUUCCUUUUUAAAGUAGAUAAGAAUCCUCUCAAUUCCGUACGGAAUUUUUUUCAUUCAUUCCGUUUCAUUUUCGGAUCAGCGUUUUGAAAUCAACGCUAAAGAGCACCCAAUUGAAAAUUAUAGCCAUCUGUGGAUCAGAAGUCUCUGUUAGCUCAAAAACCUUUCCCUGCUCAAGUUUUGAGUACAUAUUUUCUUAUUUGCGCCUGCUGCUUUAAAAAAAGCACGGGAAAUGUACAAAAGAUGACAUUUCGGUUUCAGCUGCUGAUUAUUGAAUUGCGGCUAACAGCAGCUGAAAAUGAAAAAAAGUAUAAAAAAAUUCCUUUCAAGAUAUUUUUUUGAGUUCACUUUUUGGAAAACUUGAUGACGAAUCUGCAAAACUUUAACUUCUCAGUGAAAUUUUUGAGAAAGGUGUUGAAAAGACGAUAUGCAGAAGACUAUGCUUUUGGAAAUUCAAGAUGGGCUUUUUUAGGAUUGCGCUUAUGAUGAGAACUUGCCGAUACACACCGUCAUGGAAAACAUUUGCGCGGUUUGCCACGAACAUCACAGCCACGAACUUGCUAAUCUUCGAUCUGAUUGCAGGUUUUUCCUUUUUCCCAGUAAAAUGAUCAGACAUUGUUCAAAACUUCCAUGAUGAACCAUAAUUUCCAGGGCUGAUUGCUUCGACAACAGCAUCUUCCGAGAUUGUCUCAAAUUUGUGUCGAGAAAAGAUCCGAUAGAAGAUGGAGAGCCUGAAAAAGUGAAACUUUCCCGCUUCCGAAAAUCAUUUUUCAAUUCAUAA